AUGUCCACUCGUCCUAUUACCUUUAUUACUGAUCGUAAUGCAGGUCUUGUAAACAACAUUCCUGUUAUGUUUUCCGGUUGUCAUCAUGCAUACUGUCUCUAUCACAUACAGUUUAACUUGAAGGAUCACUUCCCGGGACGGUUUAGAAAAGGUUUUCAGAACAGGCUCGUUGAAUUGUUCAACAAAUGUGCAUAUGCUUCAUCGGUGUCGGUUUACAAAGCUGCUGAGGAAGAUUUUUACCAAUUUGGCGGAGAUAAAGCUAGGACCUUUAUUGCGAGUGUCCCUAAAGAGCAUUGGAGUAACGCGUAUUUCGAAGGUCAACGGUAUGGUGAGAUGAGCUCUAGUGCUGUGGAGUCGUUUAAUAAUUGGAUUCUUAAAGCUCGGGAAAUGCCUGUAUUUUAUUUAGUUGAUGAGCUUCGUCGCAAAAUUAUGAGGCAAAUGGCUGCUAGGAGAGUAAAGUCGAUGAAAUGGAAUUCAGUGAUUUGUCCGAAGAUGGAUAAGAAGUUAGCUCACUUUAUCAAGAAAGGAAGGUCGUGGAGGAUCAUUAUGUCAAAGGGUGGGUUGUACGAGGUACGCUGUCGUAUCCCAAAGGUAGUAUCUGUUGAGGAAAGGACCUGCUCUUGUGGUAAUUGGCAAUCUACCGGUUUCAUGUGUAGGCAUGCUGCAACAGUUAUUAUAAAAGCUUGUGGAGGGGAAGGAAAUUUGGUGGACCAUAUGGAUCCGUUUUACCUUGUUGAUGCGUAUCAGCGUACAUAUGAAGAACCUAUAUAUCCGGUUGUAGAGAGUGACAUUCCUGAUUUUACGAAAGAAGGUGACCGGGUUAUAAACCCUCCACGGAAUAGGCGGCCAACGGGUAGGCCCAAAGUUAAACGCAUUCGUUCAAGGGGUGAAGAGUCAUAUACCAGGCCUAAUAAAUGUGGGAGGUGCCACAAGGCCACAAAGCACAAUCGAAGAACAUGCAAAGAGCCAAGCGAUAUAUGA